UUUGGGGCACGAAGCUUCUCUUUAGCCAGGGGAAAGAUGACGACCAGCGUCCUGCCUUCAGCGGGGGAUGGAUAUUGCUAUUACAUCCUCACGGACGACUGUACAUAUGGCAGCAAGUACUUCCAAGCUGGGAACAUCUGCUACUGCAGCGAGAGGAGCUAUCUGCGCAACUUCUCCGACGACCGGCCCCCGACUUGUUUCCUCAAAGUCGUCAUGUUGGAGGACGGCUCCACCGUCACCAUCAACGUGGAAAUCCUCGAGCCCGUGCGCGAGGAGACGACCGCCUUCCUCCUGGCCGUCGGCAGCCACCGGGAACGCCUGAACUGUUUCUUGGAUGGGCUGCGCCUCGAGGCAGCUCUGAAGGCGACGCCGGGCCAGAAAGUGAUGGUGGAGGUUGAGCGGCAGCAAUUCCCCGGCGUCAUCCGCUACAUCGGGAGCGUUCACAAAAACACCCCGGCUGUGCUCUUGCCUGUCUUCUUUGGGGUGGAGUUACAGGGUGAAGGCGAAAACAGAGGGCGCACUGAUGGCUCUUACCACGGCACUGAGUAUUUCAAGUGCAAGCGGAACUGUGGGGUCUUCCUGCCAUUUCACAGAGUCCACUUCGCUCCUGCGCCCGACGCCGACUACGCAAAGCAGAAGCCAAAGGCAGACGCGGAGGAGGUGGUUCCUGUGAAAGUGGGAGAUGCAGUUAGUUUCUACGUGGACGAGGUCCUCACGAGGGGAGUAGCAAUGGCAGUUUACAGGGAGGGAAGCCAGUGGUUCGUUAAAGUUUGUCCGGAAGAAGAAGGAACAACUGACAUUUUCCGAGAAAUCCCUAUGGACUCUGUUGUGAAGGAAAACUUGCUCCCUCCAAAUUUGUUUUUACCGUACGAGUCUGACAUGGACCCAGGACAUCCAAAACAGAUGAAACAAGAGCUAAGUGAGAGCGCUGAGGAUUGUGAAAGUGGAAACUCGUCCCUUGAGGUGAACUCCAUGGUCCAGAUCACCUUGGACAAGGGAAACCAAGUGUCAGGAAUCAUCCGCUGGUUGGGAUACCUGCCCCAAAUUAAGCACAAAAUGGCAGGAGUUGAACUGGAUGAAGACAAGGGGGUCACAGCUGGUGAGUGGCUGGGCAAAUACUAUUUCCACUGCGCUCCGAAGCGUGGCCUCUUUGUGAAGCUGCAGUCGUGCCAGCCCGACGUUCGCUUCCAGUGUUCACCCCACAGUGACCUGAAUCUCAUGGAUUAUAGAGAACAAGAAGCUCUUCCCCAGGUCCGGGAGAAUUUUCCUCCCCUCGGGAACGAGAGGGCAGUACAGGUCCUGCAAGGGCGGAUGAAGGGGAUUCAAGGCCACUGUAAUUCCUGCUAUAUGGAUGCAGCUCUCUUCAGCCUCUUCUCCUGUACGUCCGUGCUGGACUCCAUGCUCUUCAAGCCCUUCCCGCUGUGCGACAGGAAUGUCCAAAACAUUCUGCGGGAUGAGAUUGUGAAUCCCCUCCGGAAGACUGGCUUUGUCAUGGCCAGGAGUGUGAUGCACCUUAGGGAGCAGCUCACUGAGAAGGGCCAGUACUCGAGUUUUGCCACUGCUGAGAAAGAUCCUGAGGAGUUCCUCAAUCUGAUAAUGCAUCAGAUCCUGGGAAUAGAGCCCCUCUUGAAACUGCAGUCCGGAGGCCAGGAGGAGCAGGAAUGUUACUGCUACCAGAUAUUUAUGGACAAACAGGAGCAUCUGGUGAUUCCUGAUGUGCAGCAGUUAGUGGAACACUCCUUCCUGUCCUCCAAUCUGAAGCUAGUGGAGAUCCCAUCUUGCUUCAUUAUCCAAAUGCCACGUUUUGGGAAGGAGUAUAAAAUGUUCAGCAAAAUCAUUCCUUCCUUAGAGCUGGAUAUAACUGACCUGCUGCUUGACAGUCCCAGGGAGUGCUGCGUGUGUGGCGACGUGGCCACCCUCGAGUGUUCGGAGUGCUUCAAGGACAAGGUGUUUGCAGCCUCGGGCCUCAAGCAGUUCUGCAGCUCCUGCUCCAGACAGGUUCACUCCCAUUACCGGCGCAGAGCCCACAUGCCGAGCAAGCUGCACGUCCCCGAGGAGUUUCACAGCAGGAGCCCCCGUGGCGACGGCCAGCAGGUCCCGCGCGAGAAGAUGGAGCUCUUUGCGGUGCUCUGCAUCGAGACCAGCCACUACGUCUCCUUCGUGAAGUACGGCCCCGAGAACGAGCACUGGAUGUUCUUCGACAGCAUGGCCGACCGGCAUGGAGAUGAAAAGGGCUUCAACAUUCCCAUGGUAACGCUGUGCCCUGAAGUUGCCAAAUACCUGGACUUGCCCGUGGCCACGCUGGCCCUGGAGCAACCCCGCGACAUGGACGGCGUGGCCAAGCGCCUCUUCUGCGACGCCUACAUGUACAUGUACCAGAGCAAGAAGAUGGCACUUUACAAGUGACGUUGCCUGGCUUGGUGCUGCCCUGCAGAGCAGCAGCGUUUCAGCGACGUGAGCUUGGACCCAACCUAGAGCUGCUGAAGGGUGAAAGCAGCCAGGGUGCUGGACGCCCAACUUGCACUUGUGCCUCUUCUUGCAUCCUUCGGUGCUUGAUAUCGAACUGUCUCCAGGAGCUCCUUGGGGUUUGGACCUGGCCAUCCCUGAGAGCUUGUACUGCCCCAGAGCUGACGCACUCAGACACAUUCCCCUUUCCCACCCUGUGCCUUCUCUAGGUUUUCUGCAGCUCAGGGUGCUCCCACAGCUUCCUCCUCACCAUGUCCCCUUUGGUUGGGACCAAAACAUGAGCAGCUUAGAGCAGUAGCUCUAACCAGGAGCAGUUGCCUUCUGACUUGCCAAGGGUACCAGAAAACCAUGGUCUCACCCUGACUAACACUUCUUCACGUGGACUUGCUGAAGAGGUGUUGGGAAGAGGGGUUUCCUUGAGGAGUGCAGCUGCAACCUGAGCUCUUCCACUUCCUUUUAGCACUUACUGUCUUAUCUCCACAUCAAUUCCUGAGAUCCAUGACCAAGAGCAGUAACGCACUUCUCAGAGGGGAAAAAUACAUAAAAACAAUCACUUUUAAAAAUUUCUUUUCUGCUAUAGCUGCACUAACACUUAGGACCUCUCUUGGACGCCUCCUCUUCUAUUAAUUUAAAUAGUUUACAUUUGCAAAGUAGGGGUUCUUGCCCCUUGAGCACAUGCUCUCAGUGCCUGCAGGCAGCUGUGCUAAGACUUCAGCUGCUCAGGUUGAAGACUGACGGUACCUGAGAAACCCAAGGGCUGCAGCUCCUGCAGCUCCUUCCUCUGCAUCCGUGGAGCGAGGCUGCCAGGUCUGCUGCUGCUGCUGCCUCCGAGCGUCCUUUCCUUGUCUGCUCUUCCUUCAGCAUCUGGUACACACAUCUCGGAUACAG